AUGACCUCCAGCCAGCUGAUUCAAGAAAUGCUGGAAAAGUCUAAGUUAAGAGCCGAGAAUGAAGAAAGCCUUGGUGAACCUGGAAGCGCUUUGGUUCCUGCGAUAAUUAGUAGCAACUUACUCCCCAGCCCGAGUGAUUUAGCAACAGCAACGAACGUCCGACAGGAAGCUUUGGUCAGACUGCCGCCAACGCCUCACCCUGUUUUUACAGGUGCAUCAGUCCACGAAAGCGGUCGUGAUCUGGUGGCUAUCCACACCCGAGCUGCCUCGCAGAGUUGUGGCGUUUUCUUUCAGGGCUUGGAAUGUCUGGACACUAGACCAAUUACCCGCAACACCAGCUAUGCUACCGGUAUUUGCAAAAGCUGGGGCAAUAUAACUAAAGUUGACAAUGUUAAUAUUACCCUGCCGUGUACGGAGCGCAUUCAAACACCCGGCAUUGUGAAGUCGGCACUACGAAGGAUUAGUUCCCACAAGUUUGACAAGAGAGAAUCAAAACUUGCCUUACCCAGAAGAGGAAGCACCCCAAAACCUACAGACUGCCUGGAGCUGAAGGUGGUAUUAUCCAAAUCCGACCAGAUCUUCAACCCGGACACAUUGAAAGCGCCUUUCCCAUCCAAAAGCGGCAGUUUCCGUCGAGGGGAUUAUUCCGAUCAGAAAUUAACUUUUCUGAGCACACAGAGGGAAAAAAGCGGUAGCUUAAUGAAGGUAGUAAAACCUGGGUCAGAGCCGGGGACAGAAAAGCCGGCUACCAAAGAAAUGCUUCUCACGUCGCGUGAGACAUCGGCCGCCAAGAAAACUGGGGGUGGUGUCGGGAUGAGUGGCGGGGUCGUGAGCGGAGGAGGGGGAGUCGGCGAGAGCGCGAUGUCGGAAGGCGGACGCUCGAAUCUGAAAAGAGAAUCAAGGAAAAUCAAAGCUUUGGACACAACGGCCGUGUUCCCCUCGGAAAACGUGAGCGUUAUCGCCAAGGCCGAAUUGUUCGAAUCGAAAGACACUUGCCCUGUGAAAACGAGUUCCAUCAAGAGAGACAAAUCAAACGUCGACUCCAGCAAAGACAAGUCGCCCCGUUUACUCCAGGCCUUCGUUUUAAAAUAUUUUCUGUUUCUAUCAUCUCUCUCUCUCUCUCUCUCUCUCUCUCUCUCUCUCUCUCUCUCUCUUACUGUGUCUUGUUUCUUUCAUGUAAUCUAUUUAAUUUAUGGUUUCAUAUGCUUAUAUAUUUGCCUUCAUAUCUGUGGACAUGUUGGUCUUUUGGCGAUAGGCGUAAAACCUGUCCAGCUUCAUCAUUGUGAAGGAUACUGGCUUAAUUGCUCUUUCUUUCUUUAUUUAUUUCUUUCUUUCUCUCUCUCUCUCUCUUUCUUUCUCUCUCUCUCUCUUUCUUUCUUUCUCUCUUUCUCUCUCUUUCUUUCUCUCUCUCUUUCUUUCUUCCUUUCUCUCUUUCUCUCUCUCUCUCUAAACGAUAGAAACACUGACAUUUGA